AUGAAGGGUCAUAUAGUGCUAGUACUUUUAGUAGCCAUAACACAAGUGCAAAUUUCGAUAUUAGUACGUCCAUCAUGGAUGACAAAGAACGUUUUAAUUGUUAUCGGAGUUAUAGCGGGCUUAGUGGCUAUCCUAGUCAUUGUUAUAUCAAUAGCAGUCAUCUUCGGUAAAGCUGGUUCAACAACAUUAUCUACGUAUACAUGGUACCAUGUUGCUUUUGUCUAUAACUACCAAACUUCUCAACAAAUUAUUUACCUUGACGGUGUUCAAGAUGCAAUCCGUUCGGGAGUAACAACGCCUUAUCUCGGAACUAAUGGGUCAAUGUAUUUUGGCUAUUCACAACUUUUGGGAUCGAGUAAUUACUAUGGUUUCAUUGAUAAUGCACAAUUAACAACUAGAGCUAAAAGUUCAACAGAAAUAUUGAACGAUGCAACCCAAGUAUUCUAUUAUUCGUUUGAUCAACCAAAUCCCUACUAUGAUAAUGGUCCAAAUCGUUUAAAUGCCACAGCUACAAGCAAUCUGGCAUCUGCAAGUGGACAUUUGGGACAAGCCGUUCGGUUCACAAGCACUUCAAUAAGUCGUUUACGUUUGCGGUAUGGUACUCAAGGAUAUCCAAUGCUUGGUCUGUCGUACAGUGGACAGAUUGCUGCUCAAUUGCAGCAAUCAUCUCCAGUGAACGUGUGGAUGACUAUAUUUGGUCCUUUUAUAUCUGUUAAUACUUGGACGCAUUUGGCGUGCACAUUUAGCGUAACAAAUGGUUUUAUUUUAUAUGUGAAUGGUGCAUCACUAUAUGCAAUAACAGGUAUUGCCACAUACUAUUUUAACUACAAUCUCCAAACUAUUCAACUAGGAACUAGUAAUGGUGGUGGUUAUAUUCCAAGCAAUGGCUUCCAAGGAUCACUGGAUGAAUUAUAUGCUUAUAGGCGCGAAUUAAGUGCUACAGAAAUAUUAGCAUUAGCUAGUGUAUAA